ACACAUAAUUUGAGACGGAGGGAGUAUGUGAUAUCCACUGUACCUAACAUGUUGUGAGAAUAAGGCCACAGAAGACAUAGAAAGAUAAGGAGAGAGAGAGAGAGAAGUGGGAUAUGGCAAGAGCUGUAAGUUGGUUAUCAUCAAGAAGCUGCAUAAACAGUAAUAUACCACAAGCUGGAGAACCUACUAAACCUUUCUUCUAUUUUCCACAAAGCCUAAGGGUCACCAAAGCUUCAUUAAAAGGAAAUGACUUCUCAUUGAUAACAAAAAGAAACGAAAAGGUUAGUAAGGGUUUGGUGAGAAUAUCAAGCUCAGAUGGAAGAUGGCAUGGAGAAUGGAAUUGUGAUUACAUUUUAUCUCUUAAAGAUCUUCAACUUGAAGAUUUAGUGGAAGAUCAUCAUCAAGAAGAUACUACUCAAGUUUCCAUUGAACUCUCUAUACACAAGCACACAGGCUUUGGCCUCUCUGUGGAUGGAAGAAUUAUCACAUGUUUCACCAGAAAAUGUAGCAACUGCUUUUCCCCAUACUGCAGAGAGAUUGAUACAGGCUUUAAAGUUUGGGUAUUACCAUCAAGCAGAGAGAAAGGAGGUACAGAUGAACUUCCACUGCUUGGUUGGGAUGAUCCAUCUGUUAUAUAUGUGAAACCAGGAUUUGAAGCUGACCUUGAUCCUUUAAUACAAGAUACCAUUAGACUUGCUACCUCUGUAAAAGAGACUUGUUCAGAAUCAUGUGAGAAAUCUGAACCUAAAUUGCAGCCAUUGGGUAAACAGAAUGUUGCUUCAAUUGAUAGGAGGUGGUCCAGAUUAUUAGAGCUCAAGAAGGGAAAUUUCGUGAAAUCUCAAUAGCCAUACAAGGCAAGGCACUUGGAUCACUGUAAAAGGAAAUAAUAUAGUAGGAACAAAAUCAACAUAUUACUUUCUCCUUUUGUUGAAAGAAUUAUGUUACUAUACUAUAAGUCAGUCGAAAUUGAAUGUAUAGCUCAACUGAAAAUCAGUUGCAAUAAAGUUAUGUCAACUGUCUGAGUGGCUCA